AUGCAGUUCUACGGUUUGGGAGUGCGAGUUGCUCGCCAACACUACCGUGCGAAGAAGAGUUCAGAUGAGUCAACAUUGCACUACCUUUACCGACUCAACGUGAAUGGACUCAGGGCGAAGACCAAGAUCAAGGACGGUCCGCCCAAGGUACAAAAGGAACAUGUCAAGCACUACAUCGAAAGUUUAGACGACCCGGAAAUGGCGGACCAGCUCACGAUAUUGCGUCUGGCGGGUGUGGACAUUUUGGAAGACGUGCUGAGAGACAGGCAGAGAAAAAAAGCGCAGCGGAGCAAAUAA